AUGGCCCCCGAGUGCAGGAUGAGGACCUCCAUCUUCUUCUUCUCCUUUGUCUCCUCAUUAAUCUGGUCGUGCAGCCUCGUCCCAGGGGUCUACGGCGGGUGGUGGUGGCUGCUUUUCCCCGGCCACGGCGGCGGUGGCGGAGGUCCUGCUGUUGGGGAGGCGACUGAGAUAUGCGCGUCGACAGUGGCACCCAACGGCUACAAAUGCCAGGAGUUCAACGUAGGUCCUUCUUGUUCAUUCGCCUUCGUUGGAGUAGCUUUUCAUCGGUUAAAAUCAUCGUCGAUAGGUGAGGACGGAAGACGGAUACAUCCUCACCAUGCACAGGAUCCCAGAAGGCCGUAAUGGCGAUGGCGGCGCCGCCGCGGCGGGACCCCGGCAGCCGGUGCUCCUCCAACACGGGCUUCUCGUGGUGCACAAAGAAUAAGCAUUCGUCUGACAGAAUAAAAUCAUAUCAUGCGAGAUAAGUAUGUGAAUCCCAAUCCUUCGGCCUGCACAGGACGGGACGACGUGGGUGCUGAACUCGCCGGAGGAGUCUCUGGCCUACGUCCUCGCCGACGCCGGCUACGACGUGUGGAUCGCCAACACGAGAGGGACACGGUGGAGCCGCCGCCACUCCACCCUCGACCCGUCUUCUCCGGUCGGUGCUCGGCGGCGGAGCCGUCUUCCCUUUGCUUUUUCGGUGCUGUCGUCGUCGAGCUUCCGCUCUUGACUAAUGCACCAAAUGGCAGGCCUACUGGCGGUGGUCUUGGGACGAGCUGGCCAUGUAUGAGCUUCCGGCGACCGUUGGUUUCGUAUACCAGAAGACGGGGAAGAAAGUGGACUAUGUCGGCCACUCCAUGGUGGGUCUGGUCAGAAUUGUCCUCCAUGGAGUGUAGUGUAGCGAGGGACUAACUCUCUCUCUCCCUCUCUCUCUCUCUCUCUGUUGGGGGUGUUGCAGGGGGCCUUGAUGGCGUUGGCGUCCCUUUCGGAGGGCAAGUUGGUGGACAAGUUGAGGUCGGCCGCCUUGUUGAGCCCCAUCGCCUACUUGAGCCAAAUGAAAGCCCCCCUGUGGAUAGUCGGCGCAAGAGCGUUUCUCGGAGAGGUGUGAGCAAUGAGCAUUCCCGGUUUAAGUUUAUCAGUUGACAUAUACAUCUCUCUCUCUCUCUCUCUCUCUCUCUCUCUCUCUCUCUCUCUCUCUCUCUCUCUCUCUCUCUCUCUCUCUCUCUCUCUCUCUCUCUCUCUCUCUCUCUCUCUCUCUCUCUCUCUCUCUCUCUCUCUCUCUCUCUCUCUCUCUCUCUCUCUCUCUCUCUCUCUCCCCCUCUCCUCUCUCUCCCUCUCUCUCUCUCUCUCCCUCUCUCUCUCUCUCUCUCUCUCUCUCUCUCUCUCUCCUCUCUCUCUCUCUCUCCCCUCUCCCUCUCUCUCUCUCUCUCUCUCCCCUCUCUCUCCCUCUCCUCUCUCUCUCUCUUCUCCCCUGUCUCUCCUCUCUCUCCUCUCUCCCUCUCUCUCUUUCUCCCUCUCUCCCUCUCUCUCCUCUCUCCCUCUCUCUCGCUCUCCUCCCUCUCCCCCUCUCUCCUCGCUCUCUCUCUCUCUCUCCCCCCUCUCUCUCUCCCUCUCCCCUCUCUCUCUCCCCCUCUCUCUCCCUCUCUCUCUCUCCCUCUCUCCCCCGCCCCUCUCUCUCUCUCCCCCCCCCUCUCUCUGUAGGUAUCUAUAUCAUCUAUUCAUGUCUUUUUAUCUAUGAAUCCAUCAGUUUUUAUCCAUCGCUAUUUAUCCAUUGUUAUGUGCGUGUGUGAUAUCUUCUUUCUCCAUGUACAUCUGUCUCUCUCUUCCUCUCUUUCUCUCUUUAUCUUUCUCUCUCAAGUAAGUCUGCCUCUUGAUCUGUCAAAUCUCUGUGCGUCUCUCUCCCCCUCUCUUUCUAUAUAUCCUUAGACGUCUCUUUAUGUAUUUAUAUGCACCUAUCCAUCUAUUCAUACACAUCUUUAUCCAUCGAUCCAUCCAACUCUCUCUCUCAUAUACAUAUAUAUAUAUGAAUGCACGUGUAUGAUACAUGUGACAACAUCUCUUUCUUCCUCUGCAACAGAUGAUAGCAUCGCUGGGGAUUUCAGAGUUCGACAUCACUGGGUAAGCAAGCCUCCGUCCAGAUUUCACCAUACCUCACUCGACAUUAUCCGAUAUAAACUCACGAGGUCCCUCUCUCAACUGUGGUUUCUCUCUCCUCCCCAUUCAGGCUGCCGGUGACGAACUUCCUGAAGCUACUUUGCCUUGAUUCAAAUAUCGACUGCUAUGACCUCAUGGCCACAUUAACAGGUAAAUCAGUUCAUUCUCUCUCUAGGUUUUCUUUGAGUCUAUCCCGGCCCAAAUACGACUCUUGAGCGUACGCUACACCGAAUUCACUAAUAUUAACCGCAUUAAAGAUUAUACAAUGCAUGGGUGAGCAAACGAUAAUUCUCGGUAGAAGCUGACCUUUUUGUCAAACGUGUAGAAAUUAUAUUUACGGGUAAUUAAAUGCAUUUAAAUUUAUUUUAAUGGAAAAACAUUUAGAAGAUGCUGGUGUACGUCAUCUUUGAUAUGUAGAAUCUUCCGUCUCUCUCUAUCUCUCUCUCGCUCUCUCCCUCGCUCUCUCUCCGUCUCCCACUCUCCUCUCAUAGCUCUGACUAGGCCUAUGUCUAGGCUUUUUAGAACGUCGGCCCGAAGUUUAUCUUUCGGGCUUUUUUAUUAUGUGUAUAUUUUUAUGCAUAUAUGUCUUUAUAUAUGUAUGUGCCGCCAUUGACUGUUUAAGUAUUCUCCACUUGCAGGUAAGAACUGCUGCCUCAACGAGUCAACGGUGGAGCUCUUCCUAAACUACGAGCCGCAGCCGACGUCGACCAGGAACAUGGUGCACUUCGCUCAGAGUGAGUUCCCCUGUACUCUCCCCCCAACUGAGAGAACGUCGAGAGAGAGAGAGAGAGAAAGAGAGUCAUCGUCGUCUUCCUCGUCGGCGCCUGCAGCCUACCGGGACGGGGUACCGUCGAAGUUUGACUUCGGAAGGAGGGACGCGAACUUGCGGCAGUACGGGCAGGAGAGGCCCCCGGCGUACAACAUGUCGGCAAUAUCCGGCGAGUUCCCGCUCUUCCUCAGCUACGGCGGCCGGGACUUUCUCUCCGACGUAGAUGACGUCCGGCGCUUGCUGGUCGACCUCCGCUCGCACGACGCCGACAAGUUGACCAUCCAGUUUGUCCCGGAGUUCGCCCACGUUGACUUCAUCAUUGGCGUCAGCGCCAAGACGGUCGUCUACGACCAGAUCCUCGCCUUCUUCCGCCGCCUGGGCUGA